AGGCGGAAGGGGCGGAGUCUCGGUUGACGCGCAGCCGCAGUGAGAACAACCCGGUGAGAGUCCGGAGAGAAGAGUGGACCAGCAGCCUUCUCUCCACCUGUUCGCUUCUGUCUGAUGGCCGAACCGUAGCCCGGUGGUGUCGGUUAGCAUGGAGGAUAGCGGAGGCCCCGGGGACCUGAACGCCAACACGGCWUGUCAGAGCACCGGGGACCCGCAGCUGGACACGGCUGUGAACCUGUGGUUAACCUGGGACAAGAACCCCUGGACCCGGGCUCAGGUGGACUCUCUGGUGGCGGCGGGUCGUCUGGAUGAUCUAAGGUCCAGAUUCUGCAACAGAGUGAGCUUCGGUACCGCUGGACUCCGAGCGCCGAUGGGAGCUGGAUUCAACCGGAUCAAUGACCUCACAGUCAUCCAGUCCACACAGGGUCUGUAUACGUACCUGUGCAGGUGUUUUGCUGACCUCAGCAGCAGAGGAGUGGUCAUUGGCUURGACACCAGAGGUCAGGAGGAGAGUGGCUGCAGCAGUCAGAGGUUGGCGAAGCUGYCAGCAGCGGUGAUGCUCAGUCGAGYUGUUCCUGUCCACCUGUUCUCCUUGUUCGUCCCCACGCCGUACGUGCCUUACGCUGUGAGAAAACUGGGAGCAGCAGCAGGAGUCAUGAUCACAGCUUCUCACAAUCCUAAAGAGGACAACGGAUACAAGGUGUACUGGUGUAACGGUGCUCAGCUCUGCUCCCCCCAUGACAAGGAGGUCCUGCGCUGUAUAGAGGAGCAGCUGGAGCCYUGGAGCGCCUCCUGCUGGGACCAGGAGCUGGUGGACCGCUGCUCCCUGAGAACAGACCCUCUGACCCAGGUCAACAGCUACUACAUGGAUGAGCUCACCUCCCUCUGCUUCCACAGGGACCUGAACAAGAACUGUCCCCUAAAGUUCGUCCACUCCUCCUUCCACGGAGUCGGACACACCUUUGUCCAACAGGCCUUCCAGGUGUUUGAUUUAGCUCCGCCCAUCCCRGUCCCCGAGCAGAAAGACCCCGACCCGAACUUCUCGUCUGUUCACUGCCCAAACCCGGAGGAGGGCGAGUCGGUCCUGGAGCUGUCUCUGCACCUGGCGGAGCGGGAAAARGCUCAGGUGGUUCUGGCGACGGAUCCGGACGCCGACCGCCUGGCUGUGGCCGAGAAAUGUGACGGGUGUGUUUGGAAGGUGUUCUCAGGUAACGAGCUGGCGGCUCUGCUGGGUUGGUGGAUGUUCUUCAACUGGAAGGAGAACCAUCCGGACCCGGCCGACACUCAGAAGGUCUACAUGCUGGCCACCACCGUGUCCUCCAAGAUCCUGCAGGCCUUUGCCCGGAUCGAGGGGUUCCACUUCGAGGAGACUCUGCCCGGGUUCAAAUGGAUCGGGAACAGAAUCCACGAACUCUCCAAAACCGGAAACAGGGUCAUUUUUGCAUUUGAGGAGUCCAUCGGGUUCCUGUGUGGCAGCAUGGUCCCAGAGAAYGACGGCGUGAGUGCUGCCGUGGUCGUGGCGGAGAUGGCGGUGUAUCUUCACGAGAAGAACCUGAGUCUGAACCAGCAGCUGCACAACAUCUACAGAACGUAUGGUUAUCACGUGUCCAGAACCUCCUACGUGGUCUGCAACGACCCGCCCACCAUCCAGAAGGUCUUCGCUCACAUCAGGAACUUCGACGGCGACGGUUCGUACCCGAAGACCUGCGGCGGCGUGAAGAUCGUUCACGUCAGAGACGUAAACAAAGAAUACGACAGCAGCCAGCCUGACCUCAGAUCU